CUGCCAUGGUCUCUUGUGAAACCCAAGCAACUUAUGUUUGGGUAUUGCAGAAGUUGUUGAAAUGCAUGGAGGGGAAGGCACUGAAGGCAGUAAUAACAGAAGGUGAUCGUUCUAUGCGAAUGGCAAUUAAUGAAGUUUUUCCGGAGGCUCACCACAAGCUUUGUUCAUGGCAUCUACUAAAAAAUGCCAAAAUAAAUGUGUGCUUGCCGCGGUUUACAACCUUAUUUAGAUAUUUGAUGCUUGCUGAUAUUGAGAUAGAAGAGUUUGAACAGCAUUAGGAGGCAAUGUUGGAUGAGUGUGGAGUCUGAGAUGUAGAGUGGGUUCAGGAUCUAUACAUGAAGAAAUUAUAUUGGGCAACUGCAUACAUACGCGGUAGGUUCUUUGCCGGCAUCAGGACGACAUCGCGAUGUGAAUUGUUGCAUGCGAAGCUAGGCAGGUUUGUGGAGAGGAGGUAUGGGAUACUCGACUUUGUGACGAACUUCCAGCGUUGUGUUGAGUUCCUCAGAGAUAACGAGGAUGAGAUGGACUUUCGGUCGUCGUAUGGGACCCCCGUAUUGCAGACUCAGUUUCCAAAACUUGAGAAAUCCGGAGCAAUGAAGUAUACCCGAGAAAUAUUUUCAAGGUUCCGUGAAUCCUUGCAAAGGUAUGUUCGGAUAACCGUUGUGGAGAGCCAGCCGCGCGAGGGUGGUACUAUUUAUGUGACCCAAAAGUAUAUGCAACCGGGAAGAAAGUGGAAUGUUAUGCAUGUGUUGGCUUUGGAUAAAUAUACGUGCAGUUGCCAAAGAAUGGAAUCGUUUGGGCUACCUUGUGUGCACAUACUCUCAGUUUUGGUUUGGUUAGAUGUGGGUUCUCUUCCAGACACCUUGGUCUUGGGGAGGUGGACUAAGUCGGCCAAGUUCGGUUUGUAUGAUGAUAUUGCUGGGGAGAAAAUAGUCGAUAUUGCUGCCUUGUAUAGGAUGCGGAUGGGAACGUUUCUGCAGCACCGCGAGUGUUUAGCUCAGCUUGUGUAUAACAACGAUGACUUAUUCAAGUUGUAUUCAGAGCAGAUAGUUCAGGAAGCAAUUAGUCUUGAAAGUAUGAAUGAUUUGGGGAAUAGUGUCGGCAUUGGUGGUGGUGGCGACAAUGGUAGAGUACUAGAUCCGAUUGGGGUUUGUACUAAGGGCACUGGGCGUGGAAAUGUACAGGUUGGGGCGAGGGGAACGAAGCGUAGAAAGUGUAGCACGUGUGGGAUAGUCGGACAUCGUCGAACUCAGUGCCAAAAUCAGGCGAACAUGUCGGUGCCGAACAGCCAAGAUGAGGUGCCGCGAAUGGUGUCAUAGUCUGUGGCGCGUACUGAAUUUUCUCCUGCGCGUAGCCUUUCGAUCAAGAAUAUUGGGGUGUGGGAUUGCUAUCGUCCAUCAGCGGCGAACACUUCCGACUUUCGAGCAACUGCGGAUGGGUGUUCCCCAAAGUAAUUUCAUGCCUUACAUGCAUGUGUGAUGUAGUUGAGAGAAAGAUUGGCCUUUCUAGGACUUGGUAAGUGUGGCUUAGGGUGGUACUAUUAGUCAUUCUGGACCAUUAUUGGUUAAAUAGGCCAGCAAAGCUCAUUCAUGUGAAGAUACUGAACGUGUAAUGGAUUGCCGAAGUAUCAAGUAUUUAUGCCCCGGUAUACAGUGUUUAAUCUAUCAUGUUUAUCAGUUUUUUACACUUUCGAAAUUGAAUCCAAUUAUGAAAGAACCGUGUUAUGUAGGUGUUGUUCUUUUCA